UUCCACCAGAGUAUCUACCUUCCAGCAAGUUCCUCCCAUCCCAAACUCCGCGUCACUUUUUCCACGUCCACAAAUUUCUGCAAUGAGAGUUUGCCGGUGGUCUUGUUCUGCCACCCUAUGGGCGCAGCAAGAUAUCUGAUUUAUGGAUUUGACGAGAUGGCGAAGAGGGAAGGUGUGAGGAUUGUGAUUGUGGAUCGACCAGGAUUUGGCGGCUCAACUCCUGUCCCAGUGGAUCAACGAGUCUCUACAUGGCUAGAAAUUGUGCCUGUGGUAUUGAGACACUUGGGGGUGAGAUAUGUGGCUGUGGUGUCGCAUUCCGCAGGCACGAUAUAUGCGAUUAAUACUGCUGUGCAUCUGUCACAUCUCUUGCAUCCUUCAAGACCUUUUGUGGCUUGUUUUGCACCGUGGGUUCAUCCUAGAUUUUCGUCGGCGCCGUUGAUGCAAGUGGUGGAUAGACUCCCUACUUCUGUGCUGGGCAAGUUGCAUCAUGUUCAAGGGUUUGUGGCUGGUUACAUUGCCCCUUCUGUUUCUUUCUCAGCUGCCAAGUUGGGAAUUGAGGAGACGGUCGAUGAAGAAACUUGUCAAAGGACUUUUGGUCAGAGUAGGGAAGUGAGGCGGGAAGUGGAGAGGUUACACGGGGUGUGGCAGAGGGGUGAAGACACC